CACCUUUCCUUAUCAGGUCACUUUUAAAUGUGGGGUGUUUGCAGGACUGGAGAAGCAAUUCAACCAGAGAGACUCCACUUAUUACUAAAGAGAUACGAAGUGGUCUUCUUGACUCACUGGGGUACUCAUCGGAUACCGGUGUCAUUAUCGUGUCUUUUCCCUAAAGGAUUGUCAACUUGACUCCUCUCGUCAAAAGUUUCUAUAUGCGGGGGAAAGCUUCUCCUAAUGGUAGGUCCACCCUGUAGCAAGGGUCCGUCGGAGUCGACCGCUCUUUCGACCUGAUAAUGGCUGUCGGGCCUUGCAGUUAAAUAUAAGAUAUUCAUUGCCUUCAUCUUUGCUAGCAGUCGUCCCUCUCCUUUGUUCCACACAAGUCUCCUAUGCUCUCUUUGUUACAUCCACUGUCUGAUCUUGAUGCCAAAGUGAGCUGUUGCAAACAUGUCUGGGUCGCCUGUAGUAACUGUAUCGGCGAUUGUCUUGACAAUCACUUUGUUAUAUAAAUGCAUUGUGUAUCCCAUCUUCCUUUCUCCAUUAUCCAAGAUCCCCAAUGCGCACUGGACAGUGCCAAUAUCUCCUGCUUGGAUGCUCUGGAAGCGUUUCCGGAGUCAAAACAACCGGACCAUCCAGGCUGCCCAUGAGAGACUUGGACCUAUUGUGCGGCUUUCUCCAUCCGAGAUAUCCAUCAACUGUGUUGAAGGAGGUAUCAAAACUGUCUACACAGGCGGAUUCGAAAAGCAUGAAUGGUAUCCACGGGUAUUCGGAUCCCUCGGGACCGUUAGCAUGUUUACUAUGAUUGGCAGCAAGCCCCAUUCUGUUCGUAAAAGGAUGUUGUCUAAUAUCUAUAGCAAGUCAUACUUGCAGUCCUCACUUCAUAUGCGUCUGAUCUCGGAGUGUAUUUUGUUCGAUCGCCUCUUGCCAAUAAUCCAGGAAGCAGUCUCAUCUAAUGCGCCUAUUGAGGUCCAUGACCUCAACCAGGGACUCACCAUAGACUUUGUAUCAGCGUAUCUCUUUGGCUUGGCGAAUGGAACCAACUGGCUUCAGGAUGCACCCUUCCGGCACAAGAUGCUCCACUACUAUCAGGGCAGGAAACCGUAUGAGUUCUACCACCAAGAAGUCCCUAAUCUUCUAUCCUGGACUAAGUCCAUUGGUAUUCGUUUGAUUCCUAAAUGGUGCGAUGAGGCCAAUGAAGUGCUAGAUGCUUGGUGUCUAGACCUCUGCGACAGAGCAGAACAAUGUCUCCAAUCAACCGAGCCCAGCGUCGAGCCUAUGGCAUACAAGCAGCUCCAGCAAGCAAUGAUCAAGCAGUCUUCACAAAAGGGGAACACAGAGGAGAGCCUGAAGCAACAGCGGCUCGACAUUGCCUGCGAAAUGUACGAUCAGCUCACUGCCGGUUUUGAAACCAGCGCCGUCGCCCUCACUUACCUGUUCUGGGAGCUUUCUCGGCAUCCGGACCUGCAAGAAGAGCUACGGAAAGAGCUCUUGACUCUAGAGCCAAAAAUUCUGUUUCCCCGACCUAGUCCAUCGAGGGGCCUACCUCAAGCAAAAGCAGUUGAUUCAUUACCUCUCCUGGAAGCCAUAGUUACGGAAACGUUACGCCUCCAUGCCCCAAUCCCUGGGAUACAGCCUCGUGUCACACCUCAUCCAUCCUGCACCUUAGCUGGUUACAGCGAUAUCCCUGCAAACAUAAGAGUUAAUGCGCAGGCAUACUCGCUCCAUCGCAACCCUGAUGUGUAUCCGGAUCCUGAGACAUGGCAGCCUAAGCGGUGGCUUAAGGGUGUUAACUCGGAAUCUGACCUCGAAGAAAGAAGGCGGUGGUUCUGGGCCUUCGGAAGUGGUGGAAGGAUGUGUGUUGGAAGCAAUCUGGCCUUGCAAGAAAUCAAACUAGUAACGGCGGCCAUCUACACCAACUACAGGACGUCCAUCGUAAACGACGACGACAUUGAAGCAAUCGACGCCUAUACGGUUAAGCCUCGCGGAGAUAAACUGGUGCUGAAAUUUGAAGCCGCGUAAAUCGUAACCCAGCAUUAACUUUCCACACACUACGGUGAUUAGCUAUGUCUUCUGAAUGACUAUGAUUGAAA